UUCCAAGAUGGAACACCUGCGUUGCUGGGAUAAGACUGCAAAUGAGUUUUUAGUGUUUUAAGACGAAAUAAUGAGUACAUGAUAACAGGGAUCCUUACCUGUGAGGUUUAUAAUGUAUUGAUUUCGUCUGAAUCUUUUUUAAUGACUGUUAAACAAUGCAAUCAUUAAUUUUAGCUUCUGUUUUGCGACGUCCGGGUCGACUGUGCAAACACCUUGUCCAGUCCUUCAGGAAUAUACAACAUGAAACUUCAUUCAACCUCAAACGUGUGGCACUUCUUACGAAAAUGACAAGAUACGAGUUUUUAAAAACAACUUACAAAGAUUUAAGCGAAGGAGAAUUGAAGAAACAUCUGGAUAGCAUAAGGUCUGAUUAUGAAUCUCUUCAUCAACUCCAUUUGAACCAUUACAAAUGUGUUGACUUGAUUCACAAAAUUUUGAGAGAACAUGGUUUAGAGAUUAAGGUUGUGAACAGAUUCCAGUACAGUAAUGAAAUUGUUGACUGGGCAGAUCUGAUCGUUACCGCUGGUGGUGAUGGUACAUACCUAUUGGCAGCCAGCAAGAUCAAGGUCAAAGACAAGCCAAUCAUUGGAAUUAAUACUGACCCUAAAAGGUCGGAGGGGUAUUUGUGUCUUUCAAAAAAAAUAUUCCCUGCAGAAAACUUUGGAGAGGCUGUGAAACGAAUACUUGAAGGGAAAUUUAGAUGGAAGUGGCGCCACCGUAUCCGAGUGACCAUGUCAGGCUUCCACCAAAAUGAUGAGCCUGUGGCUAUACAUGACCAGCAACUUUUGUACCCUGAACACAGGUUUGAGGAACACAUCAAGGAGGCCGAGUCUCACUUCGAGGAGGAGCUCGAGCAGAGGCUACACAUUCACGAAAUGCCACCUAGGGUACUACCUGUCUUAGCUUUAAACGAAGUUUUCAUUGGUGAAGCUCUGUCAGCAAGAGUGUCGUACUACGAGAUCAAGAGGGAUGACGAACCCGGUUUGAAACAGAAGAGUUCAGGGAUCACCAUGUGUACGGGGACUGGCUCUACAUCCUGGUUCUUUCAUAUAAACCACCUCCCAAUAGAGGCUGUCAAAGAUAUACUAGAAAUAACGAAGAGCCUAACUGAUUGCAAAUUAGAUUUAACGGAUCAAAAGCUCAUGAGUAAGGUUGCCUCAGAAUUCAACAACUCCCUCAAAUUUGCUCCCGAUGAACCUCGGAUGGCCUACACAGUCAGAGAUCCCAUUGUGAAUGGGGUGUUUGAUGCUAUUCGACAUCAGAGAGGCUUUGCCACAAGGAUCAAGAUCAACUCCCGCAUGUGGGACGGCACACUUGUGAUAGAUGGGGAUUCCUCCUUUCAGUUCAACGACGGCGCCAUCGCAACCAUGGAAAUACUGGAGUCUGAUGCUCUGCUAACAAUUGAACUAGACUGAGGAAUUUAGGGUUACAUAACAUUCUAAAAUAGUCUUACUUCAAUCUUUUUGUCUCGAAACAACAAAUUUAGACUGGAAAAAUAUACAUUUUAUCAAUAAGCUUUCACGGAAUAUUUACAUGAAUACUUGCCACAUUAAAUUGGAAUUGGAAAUAUUUGUUAAGCUAACUCAUGUAAAACUUAACUGUUUCAAGUUCAUGCAUACUGGCCCAAAGAUUAACAUUUGUAGUGAUGAAGUGGUUUUUGAAGCUAAAAGAAAGUAUCCAUGUGUGUUUUAUGUUGCACUUAUCUUUCAAUGCCAUCCUCAAAAUUCCAGGAAUUAUACAUAUAUAAUAAGCUGACUUGUUUGAUUGUUCAAUGUACAUCAAGGCCGCUUUCAUUUAUCGCGAUCUAAAUGGUUGGACCGGUUAGACCAAAGUUGUUCGUUUAUGAAAUAAGGUCGGACCUAGUAGUUUUAUGCUGCUUUCAGGUGAGCCUUGGCAAAGCCU